UAUUUGUAUCCCCCAAAUUUGUAAAUAAGCCGCCAUAAACGAAUCAGUUAUUUACAUCUGAUUUCUUUUACCAGCCAUCUUUCCCUUGUUGAGUCAGACAUAGGGAUUUGAACCUAUCCUUAGCCAUAAACCGGCAAAGUCCAGCUUAGCAAAACAACUUUCUAAUUCAAUGCAAAGAAGUUUCAUUGUAUCCUCUCCAGGAAAGACGAUCCUGUUUGGCGAACAUGCUGUUGUUUACGGUGCUACAGCACUUGCGGCUUCAAUUUCCUUGCGUACGUAUUGUAGAAUAGAGCCAAAUGAGAAACCCGAAAUUACUGUAAAGAUGCAAGAUAUCGAGACUAAUCACUCUUUUCCGCUUGAAUCUUUACCUUGGGACAUUGUUCCCCCAAAAGAUGUACUUCACCCUCCAAAUACUCUCAAUAACGAAAUCGUAACAGCAUUAGAAAAGCUGUUGAUCAACGAAAAAAACAAUGUUCUUAAUUAUUUAUCCAUGCUUUGCAUUAUAUACCUGUAUUUGCAGAUUGGAUCUCCUAAUCAGGGUUGUAUUAUAACAAUCAACUCAGAAGUACCCUUGGGUGCUGGUUUGGGAAGCAGUGCGACCGUCUCAGUUGGUGUCGCAACUUGUCUGCUUUUAUUUUUCGGUUUUAUUCAACCACCCAAAGAAGGUGAAGAUUAUAGUCGACAUGAAAGCCUUACUCUUAUAGAAAACUGGUCCUUUAUUGGCGAAUGCUGCAUUCAAGGAAGUCCUAGUGGAAUUGAUAAUGCGGCCGCUACCCAUGGGGGUUUAAUAGCUUUUCGAAAGUCCACUGCAAAAACAACUGUCAUGAAGCAGUUUUUAACGCUUGAGAACCCUCUCUCUGUUUUGAUCACUGAUACAAAGCAGCCUAAAAGCACUAAAGAAUUGAUUCAAAAAGUUUGUCGGCUUCGAGAGGGCUCUCCUCUUAUAGUUGAUUCUAUUUUUCAAACCAUUGAUGGAAUAUCACGUUCCGCGAUUCAAGCCCUCGAAAGCGAGACAGACGUACGUAGGCUACGAGAAAUCCUUGGUCAACUUAUUUUCAUUAACCAGAAAAUGCUUGAAGCCUUAAAUGUUUCACAUAUUACAAUUGACCGAGUUAUUGAUGCUACAAAAGCCAUAGGCCCGACGAAAUUAACGGGCGCUGGAGGUGGUGGAUGUACCAUUACCCUAAGGAACAAUGACUGUUCAAACGAAAUGUUCGAAAAUGCUAUUACCAAAUUAAAUAGCUUUAAGAACUCAGUUUAUGACAGUCUGCUAGGCGGCCCGGGUGUGGCUGUCGUGUGCAAUUCAGCCCCAGAUUUCGACGCGUUUGUCAGUCUCCUGGAAAAUAAAAAUUACAAUUUACUUAAUAAUUUGAAACAAACUUAUUUUUAAAGUUUAUAUUGUACCUUUUAUUUGUGACUACUUUCGUCCCUAUAUAACCAUUUGAAACCACUGGUUCUCCUUCCAGCCGAAUAUACUUUACUUUCAUACCCUCUUUGUUA